UAUGGAUUAGAAACUUAGUGAUGCUGAAAUAGCACUUGAACAAUUUAGACUUAAGAAACUCAUUAAAACUUUGAGUCAGGAAAGAACUGCUGGUACAAGUGUUGUGUCUGUUUAUAUUCCUCCCAAAAGAAUCAUUUCAGAUAUUACAAAUAGACUCAAUACUUAAUAUGCAGAAGCAGCUUCUAUUAAGGACAAAGCAAAUAGAACAUCUGUAUAAGAAGCUAUUUAAGCAGCCAUACUAAGUAUUUAAAUUUAUUUAUUCAAGGAUUAAGACCAUACAAUAAGGCUCCAAACAAUGGAUUAGUGGUUUUUUGUGGUAUUGUGUAAUAAGCAGAUGGUAAAGGAGAGAAGAAAAUUUCAGUUGUUAUUGAACCUUAUAGACCCUUAGAUCUUUCACUCUAUUUUUGUGAUCCCCAGUUCCACGUGGAAGAACUAAGAGCCCUCCUAAAUAUAGAUCCACCUUUUGGAUUUAUUAUUAUGGAUGGUAAUGGAUCAUUGUUUGCCACUAUUCAAGGAAAUAGUAAAUAAAUUAUAAAGUCAUUUGAUGUUGAUUUACCAAAGAAACAUAACAAGGGAGGUCAAUCUUCAGUCAGAUUUGCACGUCUUCGUAUGGAAAAGAGACAUAAUUAUUUAAGAAAAGUAUGCGAAACAGCAACUACUUGUUUUAUUUCUGAAGAUAAACCUAAUGUGAAAGGAUUAGUUUUAGCAGGUUCAGCUGAUUUCAAAAAUGAUUUGGCUGGAAGUCAAUUUUUUGAUAAGAGAUUAUAACCAUUAAUUAUUUCAGUGGUGGAUAUUAAUUAUGGUGGAGAAUAAGGAUUGAAUUAAGCAGUUUAAUUGAGUUAAGAAUCAUUAUUGGAAGUCAAAUAUAUCAGAGAAAAAAAUUUGGUUGGUCAAUUCUUUGAGAAUAUUGAUAAAGAUACAGGUUUAGUAGUAUAUGGUGUUUAAGAUACUAUGAGAGGUGUUGAAUCAUAAACAAUCAAAACUUUAAUUUGUGUAGAUACUCUUCAAUAUCUACGUUUAGAAUGUUAAAGCAAAUAAACUGAAUGUAAUUAUAUUAUAUAAUAUUUUUUAGAAAAAUAAAUUAAAUAUGUUAAAGGAAAUGAAGGAUAUGAACCUGGUACAUUACUUGAAGAAAAAAAUGGAGAAUAAUUUGUUAUUUUAUAAAAAGAGGAUUUAGUUGAACAUUUAUCUGAGAAAUUUAAAGAUUAUGGAUUAGAUUUUCAAUUAAUUACAGACCAUAGUGUAGAAGGUAAUUAAUUUAUGAAAGGUUUCAGUGGAUUAGGAGGAUUUUUAAGAUUUAAAAUGGAUAUGGAUUAUUUGGUUUAAUAAGAAGAUUGGAAAGAUGAAGAUGAAGAUUUUAUUUGAUUAUCAUUAUAUUUUGUUAAAUAAAU